AGCACCGAUGAGCCACAGCAGCAGGCCGACUGAUGGAAACAAAACGUCCACCACCACUCAGCAUCCGAUAUCAACGACAGCAUCAUCCCCGACGACAGCAUCAUCCCCGACAACAGCAUCAUCCCCGAUGACAGCAUCAUCCCUGACGACAGCAUCAUCCCCGACGACAGCAUCAUCCCCGACAACAGCAUCCUCGCCACCUUGUGCCACAGAGAGUCUGAAGAGUGGGCUGACAUACGAGGAGAAGAUCAUCACGAUAAUCAUCAGCAUUGUCCUCGGCCUCAUCGUUCUCACGAUGGCGGCAUACAUCCUUUCCAUAUGCCAGCAGAAGAGGCACCUCUUCAUCCAUCGACCGCUCUACAACAACGCAGAGGAAAUGGGGGACAGGUUUUCAACACCCGACGACACUCUGGUGAUAUCUGGUGGACUGUACGACGGGCCUCGAACCUUUGAAUACGAAGAAUUCCCUGCUCAGAUGUCCCGGUUACAGCUGGACUUCUUUAACGAGGACUCAGGGCAGCGCCCCGAUCAUACGGGUCAGUAUUAG